CAUACCUCUAUCAUUAUUAUCUUUUUUUUCUGGAUAAAUUUGGCAACAGAAAAUUUUUGGAUUUUGAUUAUGGAUUUAAUCAAUAAUCGUAAAUGUCGAUUUUUUUCGACACAUAAUAAUAGCUGUGUUCGUUCAGUUGCAUUCAAUCCAAAAGAUCGUUUUAUAUUUUGUUCUGGUGGUAAUGAUGGACAAAUUGGUUUAUAUCAUGCUGGUCGUGCAGAAUUAUUACGAACAAAUUCUGUGAUCUCAUCAUCAUCAUCAUCAUCAUCAUCCAGUCAUCAUAAUAAUCGUUGUGUUAGUGGUGUUACAUUUUCAAGCGAUGGUAAAAAGAUAUUGGCAACAACAUCAUCAAGACGUGUUUCAGUAAUCGAUGUUGAACAUGGAAAACCAAUUGUUUGUUAUGAUAAUUGUGCAUAUAGUUCAAUACGUGAUCGUACACCAUUAGCUAUUAAUCCUGAAUCACCAAAUAUUGCUGCCUGUUCAUAUGUUAAUGGUAAAGGUGUUACUAUUAUUGAUUUACGUAUGCCACUUCCAUUGGAUUUUAUUUUUGAUUUUCAUACGGAUUUAAUACGUGAUAUUAUAUUUUUACAUGAAAGUUGGCCUUUUUCAUCCAAAUCAUCAUGCAGUAGUGGUGGAAAUGGUUAUACAUUAUUAUCAUUAUCAUCACAAGGACAGGCAAAAAUAACCAGUAUUGAUGGUCGUUUAUUACAUACAUUUGAUUUUGGUCAUACGGGUAAUUCAAUUGUACCAACACCCGAACAUUAUGGCCAAACAUAUAAUGGUUUUCAAUCAGCAUUAAUUUGUGGUGGUAAUAUUAUUUCAAGCUAUAUACCAAAUGAUGAUUUAAUUAAACAACAACAACAACAACAGACAACCAAUGAUUUUAUUCAUUCAUCAUCAUCAUCAUCAUCAUCAAACAUUCCUUUUAAUCAAUCUUAUAAUAAUAAUAAUGGCAAUAAUAAUAAUUUUGAUAUGAUGAUCUUGGAUAAUGAUAAUCCACAGCAACAACAACAACCAAAUAGCCGUACAAAUCCAUUAUUUCCAUCAUUAUCUGGUUCAUUAGCAUCAAAUUCAACAGCAUCAACAACACCAUCAUCAUCAUCAUCAUCAUUUAAUGUAAUAAUAAGCAAUCCAAAUAAUGUUAAUCUAAAUGUUUAUCAAAUACCUCGUCGUAAUGAAUUAAUGUUUGGUCCAAUAUCAUCAUCAUCAUCAUCGAUUGAUUCAACACGUAUACAUCGUGCAAUACGUUCAAUUGUUGCAACAAGUCAACAACAAAUUAAUACUAGUAGUGCCAUUUCAUCCGGUUUGAAUAUUCAUCAUCAUCAUCAUGCACAUUCUCAUAAUAAUUCACAACAGCAAUCAUCAUCAUCAAUAGCAUCUGGAUCCGGUUCAUCAUCAACUAUUAGUAAUCGUUUGUUUCAAAAUUUGAUUAGUCAAAAUCCAAAUCAUCAUCAUCAUCAUCAUCAUCACCAUUUGUCACAUAAUCAACGACAGAAUCCACUUUCAUGGCAUGGUAGUAACAGUGGUAAUAGUGGUGGUGGUAUGCUUGAUAUUUUUUCACUUAUGAAUGGUAGUGGAAAUAAUAGUGGUACUUCUGGAUCAUCAGUAAAUCGUUUACAUAGUCAUCAACGACGACAACACCAACAACAACAACGACGAUCAUCAUCAUCAAGAAAUAUUCCUAUUGUUGAUGAUUGUGAUGAUGACGAUGAUGAUGAUGAUGAUGACGACGACGAUGAUGAUGAUGAUUCUAAUCGAAAUAUAAUUGAUCAUCAUACACCAAUCAAUAGUUUUAUAAGGAAAAAAAUAUUAUUCUAUCAUGAUCAUUGGGAUCAUUCGAAUAAAACAUUUGAUACUAUUAUCAAUAACAAUAAUGGUAUUAAUUCAACAAUUAUAAAUCAACAACAACCACAACAACAGAUUUAUCGUUUACGAUUUUCAAGUAAUGGUGCAAAUUUAUAUGCAGCCGGUGAAGGUGGUUUUGUUCGACAAUAUCGUCGUUAUCCAAAUCUGAAUUUAAAUUGUUUAGGUGAAAUUUAUCGUCAUCGUGGUGAUAUACUGGAUAUGGAUAUAUCACCAUAUGAUGAAUUUUUGGUUACAGCAUCUAAAGAUAAAACUGUUGGUUUUAUUUGUCUUGGUUCACCUAGUCAUGGAUGGACGGAAUAUUAUGAAUAUACUUGAUUGAUUGAUAA